UUACAUGAGAAUCAAGAACAAAUUAAAAACAUCUCUUGAUAAUUUUUCCUCUGGAUUAAGAAUUUUUCAAAGUUUCUUUAUGUGAAUGGAGAAAGUUCAAGUUAAUGUGGAGUACUGUGGACUCUGCAAUUACGAAGCAAGAUGCCAAGAACUUCAAGAAACAGUUCAUAAACUAGUCCCCAAUGCGGAAGUUAAAUGUAAAAAAGGAAGACAAGGAUCAUUCGAAGUGCAGAUAAAUGAUAAGGUUGUUUACUCCAAAUUAUCAACCCUUGCAUUUCCUGACUUUAAUGAUGUGGCGUUAAAUGUCCAAAAAGAGACUCACGGCGAGAGUUUAGGACACAUCCGACAGCAACCAAUCACAGAAUGUGUUCUUCAGUAGCUUUUUCAAUCACUUCAAUUCUAUCGGUGCAACUGAGAACGUUUGAAUUUGUUAAAUUAUUAUUAUGGAGCGAUAGAUAGAUGCCAAA